AGAAGGUGAGACAGACAGAGAGACAGAAUGCGGUAGCUUUAAGAGGGGAGGCGUGGUGCUGCUGUUUUGACCGACUUGUCAGUCCUCCUCGCUCUCCACUAUCAUUCAGCUGAAUGAACAAGCAGCGCAGGGGCAUCGGCUCUCUAUCCAAACAGCACCGUGAGGAACAAUCCGGCCGUGUUUUCCUCCUGACAGGGAAAAGGGAUUAUUAACAUCGAGCUGACAUUGUUUCUCCGACACCAAGCUAGAAGAUCAUGCCCCCUAGAUAGCAGCCUCGUCCUCCUCUCCACUCCCCCUCCCUGCCCCUGGCCCCCCCUCCUCUACCUUCCUGGUCCAGCGCCAUCACUGCCACCUGUGUCACAGCAGCCACCAUGCCCCCCAGGAAGAGGACGCGGCCGGGCCUGGGCUUCCUGUGCUGCUUCGGGAGCAGCGAGCCCCCGGAGAUCAACCUGAAGGACAGCGUGCCCCUGCAGCUGCUGGAGUUCAGCGCCCCAAUGCCACCUGCUGAGGAACUGCACGCACGCUUCUCUGAGCUUGUGGAUGAGCUGGACCUGACGGAUAAGAACAGGGAGGCCAUGUUCGCUCUCCCAGACGAGAAGAAAUGGCAGAUCUACUGCAGCAAGAAGAAGGAGCAAGAGGACCCCAACAAACUGGCCACCAGCUGGCCCGACUACUACAUCGAUCGCAUCAACUCCAUGGCUGCUAUGCAGACCCUCUUUGCCUUUGAUGAAGAGGAAAUGGAAAUGAGGAACAAGGUGGUGGAGGAUCUGAAGACAGCACUUCGGACUCAGCCAAUGAGGUUUGUCACUCGCUUCAUCGAACUCGACGGCCUCACCUGCCUCCUCAACUUCCUGCGCAGCAUGGACUACGAGACGUCCGAGAGCCGGGUCCACACCUCCGUCAUUGGCUGCAUCAAGGCCUUGAUGAACAACUCGCAGGGCCGCGCUCACGUCCUCGCUCACCCGCAGAGCAUCAACACCAUCUCCCAGAGCCUGCGGACGGAGAACAUCAAGACCAAAGUGGCGGUGCUGGAGAUCCUCGGGGCUGUGUGCCUGGUGCCCGACGGACACAAGAAGGUGCUGCAGGCCAUGGCACACUACCAGAAGUACGCAGCGGAGAGGACUCGCUUUCAGACGUUGCUGAACGAGCUGGACAAGAGCACAGGCCGCUACAGAGACGAGGUCAACCUGAAGACGGCCAUCAUGUCCUUCAUCAAUGCUGUGCUCAACGCUGGAGCUGGAGAGGACAACCUCGAGUUCCGCCUCCACCUAAGGUACGAGUUCCUGAUGUUGGGCAUCCAGCCGGUCAUCGACAAGCUGCGAGAGCACGAGAACGCCACUCUGGAUAGGCAUUUGGACUUCUUUGAGAUGGUGCGAAACGAGGAUGACUCUGAGUUGGCCAAAAGAUUUGAUAUGAGUCAUGUAGAUACAAAGAGUGCCGGUGCCAUGUUUGAGCUGAUCAAGAAGAAGCUGAGCCACACAGACGCCUACCCCAACCUCCUCUCCAUCCUGCAGCACUGCCUGCAGAUGCCCUAUAAACGUGGCGGCGGCAGCCUGCAGCACUGGCAGCUCUUAGACAGAAUCCUGCAGCAGAUAGUCCUGCAGGACGACAAAGGAGAGGACCCCGACCUCGCCCCUCUGGACAACUUCAGUGUUAAAAACAUCAUUCGCCUGUUGGUCAAUGAGAAUGAGGUGAAGCAGUGGCGAGACCAGGCAGAGAAGUUCAGGAAAGAUCAUGCAGAGCUGCUAGCUAAACUAGAGAAGAAGGAGAGGGAGUGUGAAACCAAGACCACGGAAAAGGAGGAGAUGAUGAAGACUCUGAAUAAGAUGAAGGACAAACUGCAGCGUGAAGGAGUGGAGCUGCGCUCGGCCAGGGAGCAAGUCAUGGACCUGUCCACACGGAUCAAUGACAUAGCUAGCGGCGGCAGCGUGUCCUUCCCUCCUCCUCCGCCCCCUCCCGGUGGCCCCAUGGCUCCGCCUCCACCACCUAUGAUGGGCGGCUGUCCUCCACCUCCUCCUCCUCCGCUUCCAUUCAGCUGCCCGCCUCCUCCACCGCCUCCACCUCCACCGGGAGGCCCGCCUCCUCCACCGGGAGCACCUCCGAUGUUUGGAGCCCCGCCUCCUCCCAUUCCCUCCAUGUUCAACUCAGCAAGCAUGCGCUCCAAGUCCAUCCCUCAGCCUUCUCAUCCGCUCAAGUCCUUCAACUGGGCCAAACUAGGAGAGAACGUGAUCAACGGCACCAUCUGGAACGACAUCGAUGACCUGAGAGCUUUCGAGAUCCUCGACCUGAAGGACAUAGAGAAGAUGUUUUCAGCCUAUCAGAGACAGCAGGACCUGCUCACUAAUCAAUCCUUCAAACAGAAAGAAACAGGCUCCAUGGAUGACAUAUACGUCAGCACGAGGAAGGUCAAGGAGCUGUCGGUCAUCGACGGUAGACGUGCACAGAACUGCGUUAUCCUGCUCUCAAAGUUAAAGAUGAGCAAUGAAGAGAUCAAGAGGGCGAUUCUGGAGAUGGAUGAGAGGGAAGAGCUGGCCAAAGAUAUGCUGGAGCAGCUGCUGAAGUUUAUCCCAGAGAAAAGUGACAUUGAUCUUUUGGAGGAGCACAAACAUGAGCUGGAGCGGAUGGCCCGGGCCGAUCGCUUCCUCUAUGAAAUGAGCAGAAUUGACCACUAUCAACAGAGACUGCAGGCUUUGUUCUUUAAGAAGAAGUUUGCAGAGCGCCUUGCCGAAACCAAGCCGAAGGUUGAAGCCAUCCUGAACGGGUCCAAGGAGGUGGUCCGGAGCAAGAGGCUGACUCAGAUGCUGGAGGUGGUGCUGGCCUUCGGCAACUUCAUGAACAAGGGCCAGAGAGGAAACGCCUACGGCUUCAAAGUCUCCAGUCUCAACAAGAUCGCUGACACCAAGUCCAGCAUAGACAGGAACAUCACCAUGUUGCACUACCUGAUCAUGAUCUUUGAGAAGAACUACCCGGACACACUGAGCAUCCAGCAGGACCUCGGCAGUGUCCCGGAGGCUGCAAAAGUCAAUUUGGCAGAGCUGGAAAAAGAGGUGCACAGUAUCAAGAGUGGCCUGAAGGCUCUGGAGGCGGAGCUGCAGUACCAGCAGAGCAGAACGAGGGAACGCGGGGAUAAGUUUGUGGCUGUGAUCGGAGACUUCAUCACCGUGGCCGGCUUCAGCUUCUCCGAACUGGAGGACCAGCUGAGUGAAGCCAAGGACAAGUUUACCAAAUCUCUGAAGCACUUUGGGGAGGAAGAAGGGAGGAUGCAGCCCGACGAGUUCUUCGGGAUCUUCGACACCUUCCUGCAGUCGUUCGGUGAAGCGCGGCAGGACCUGGAGAACAUGCAGCGGCGCAAAGAUGAGGAGGAGAGGAGGGCACGGAUGGAGGCCAUGCUCAAGGAACAAAGGGAGAGAGAACGGCGGUCCAAGAAGAGCGGGGCGGCAGACGAGGUCGGCGGGGAGUUCGACGACCUGGUGUCGGCGUUGCGUUCGGGUGAGGUCUUCGACAAGGACCUGAACAAGUUCAAACGUAACCGCAAGCGCUCCGUCAACCAGCUGGUGGAGGGCGGGGGCCGCGAACGAGCCGUCACCAAGGUCAACUACUAAGUCGUGGAAAAAAGGAAGGAAAAAAAAACUAUCUAAACACCGAAACUCUGCCGUGGUGUAGAUCUCUGAACACCUUUAGUCCAGGUCCACGAACGGAGACGGAGGAUGUAAAUAACAGCUGGACUGGACAUGUAGCAACAUGUGUGGACAGCCACGCACGCCACUUCGAAGGAUGUAACACUCUCCUCUGAUUGGUUUGUAAAGCUGUUUCGACCUGUUUGUCCCGGGUGGUGUUUGAUCCCGUGAGCUGGAUGAAGGAUGGUUGGGAUUGGUUCAUUGAUGGAUGGACAGACGGACCACUGUGACACAUUAUCCCAUAUCUUUCGACCAUAUCCUUAUAACACUGUGUUCAAACUCCCGGCUCUCCAUCACCCCGUCUUUUCCACUGCUCUUUAAAUCUCACAAACCUUUCUGUUUCUCAGUAACUAACUCGGUGCUGAAGAACCAAUCUGGCUCUAAAACACACAGGACGUUCAGAUCCACCCGUCACGCUGUAAAUAGACUCCAGGCCGAGAGAAAGGAUUGGAAAAGAAGUAUUUAACAGAAAAAGGAAGGUGGGGACUAAGCCAUAACCUCCACAGUCAUGGCUCUUCGGGCUCAGCCGCAGAAUAGGUGGAUAUUAACAAACUACCUUUCCCAGAAUGCUUUGUAAGCCUCUGAAAGAGUACGGAAGGACACACGACAGCGCUCCCAAACCAGAGGAGUCAUCCAUACGGCCUCCUCCAGCACACAGCAUUCCCAGGGAGGAAGGUCCCGUCUGAGGAUACUAUCCUCUCCAUCCACCCGACAACAUGAUGACUGUGCCACCAGGGUUAAGCCUCACCUCCACUCUUCAACGGUUUCAGCGUUGUUCUGGCAUGAAUCAGUGCCAAAGCAAAGAGAAAAACACAAAUGUAAAUGUAUUAACAAGAAAAAAAAAACAUACUGCAAUUAGGCGUUGAUAUAUAUUUAUAUUCAGAUGCAGACAAGCUAAUUGCAAAGAUGUAGAGGGUUUUUUUAUGUUUUCAUGGCAUUUGGGGGUUUUGUACACACGAUGCAUUAUUUGUUGGUGUUGCAAGUUCACAUUGCUGUUGAAGUGAAUUUCUAUACAUUUUGCGCUUUAUGUAAAAUAGAUAACUGCUUGACCUUUUCACACCAGUAUUUGUUGUUUGCACUGUAGCUUUUCUGACAAACUUUACACUCGUUGGUUUUUUCCACAGACGACACGAAGUCCUCUCUGUACUAAAAAUAACUAUGUAUAAAAAGAUAAUGAAGGAAUGCCACAGAUGAAUUAAAAUUUAACGGCGUACUCUGCAGUCAGUUCACAGUGCUCUCACUGCUCAGCUGUCAGCAUGCAUUGUUCACAUCUGAAUGUGUUCUCUGAUCCAUCUGCUGCAACCAGGAUGCAGACAAAGGGGUAAAAACGACACUAUAGCUUUUAUUAACUCUCAUCUAUCGGAUCUUUUCCACUGGUGCUAAAACAUGUGGUUUCUGGACAGCCACCAGCCCACUUUAAGAUAAACCAGGGAUUUAUUACAGAUUCAGCCUCAUUAUCAAAUAUAGUGUUCUUAAUUCAGCUGACGUUGUAAUCUCAGGCCACUUCAUGGAAAGUCAGAGUACAGCAGAGCACUUAAAGGGUGUAUGCAUUAUAAAAGAGGCUCAAUGUAAAUGUUAAGGUUGUUAGUUGACAGAGAACAGCCUCAGAGAGCUUGUAGAGAACAUUUACAUCUUACCACAGAGAGAGAUAACAUGAUGAAGACUCUGCCAUCCGCUGUGUUCACAUGGAGGCCAUUUUCCUCUGACACCAAGCUCAGGAGUGGAAGCUCAAACUCUGCAGCUGAAAGACAUUUUAGACGUUAACAUCAGAAAUCGGACUUGCUGCUUGCAGACUCGGGCCACACACACAUUUGUCAUUUGACAAGAAUAAAGUAAUAAUGUUGGGAGAAAAACAGUUAAGAGGCUUCAGACUUCUUGUUUUAGUGAAUCCUAAACCAAAGUACAACUCCACAGAUGUCUGCUCUUCAGAUAUUCCCCUUCAGAAUAACCUUAGACUAAAACAAAGCCUCCACUCUCUUCAUAACGCCACUUUAUUCUCAAAAUCUAAGGAGUUUCUUCCUCUUUAAAUGUGGCCCUAAUACUUUGCAUACUAAGAAUGUAGGAGUGACAGAAUUAGAGCUGCAUGUGUGAACACAGUGAAUGGAAGAAGCCUUUGGGAGGAUGCAGAAUGGUUCAUGUACGACACUUAAAAUGCUACUUUUAAAAUACGUCUGCAUGCAAGUACAUUGAAGCUACAUGCACAUUAAGUUUGUACGAAAUAUCCUGGUGUUCUCUUCAUUUUUUACUUAUAUGAUCCAUUUCAUUCACUUUUAUCUCAUUAACUCAAUGUGAGAGGUUCUGAAGUGAAGUAUGAACAGACAGAUGCUGUGUUUGAUCUCCUCUGUUGCCCCAAAAGUGAAAGACAAAAUGAGACACUAGCUAAGGCUUUGUCCUGACAGCUCCAUGUUGUGUAGUAUGGAUGUGUCCAGUAUUCAGUCUGCAAAAAGAGAAGGCUCAUUGUUGUUUUCAUGCAGUUCCAGCUGACAAACCAGAGACGUGUCCCCGCAGCACUUGACCCAAGAAGCACUUGUUGUAAAAGCAAAGUUUCCACUCAGAUCAGCGUGUUUCUGAUCACUGAACACACACUGCUGAAUGUCACACACACACAGAAAUCUCCAGUAGUUCAGACUAUCCCGGUGUGUUUUUGUUUUCACCUUGAAGUGCCUCUGACCCUUUUUUCACACACUCAUCAUUCCUAUUUUUCGUGUUUUAGUGCUCGUGACCUCCAAACUUAGUGUGUUCCUGAAGCUGACAGUUGGAUUUAGGCGAAUUGGCGCCAUCUUGUGGCUGCAGGUGUUAACACCAGACGUUACAAGCUGUUUAAAAGUUAGAUAGCACUUGAACCCAGCUUUAAACACUCACUCACUUAAUUGACGUCGUUUCACGGACACGUUUGAUACCGGGAGUUUUUUUCUUUGAUUUAGAGAAAAGCUGACGUAAGAGUUGAAAAGAUGGUGAGCGUGCAGAGAGGAUCUUUGAGUUAAGAGAUUAAGUGGUAAACCAAAUAGAUUGAAACAUUUAGACACUUUGAAAAAUCAGAAAAGUCCCUUACGUCUUAAGGGGAGAAAUGACUUAUGAUUGCUUAUUCUUUAACCAACGUCUCAUCAUGUAUAUUUGAGCUAUUCUAUUUCCUGACCUCUGCUCCUUUGUCUUCAAGUUAAUCAGAGUUAGUAUAUCAGACUUUGGCAGACCCUUUAAACUCUUGAUCCAGAGCUUUAACCCGUAUUGUAGUGCAGACUAUUUACUGAGGGGUGUUGUGACAAUGUCAGUAUUAUUACAUGUUUAUGUUGUUCCAUGUGUGGAUGUUUAUUUGGCCAUUGACUGGCUGAUUUUGGAGUGUACAGAUGGAAAUCAGAGGAAUGAAAUUAGUAGCUUGUUCAAUGCACUUUUAUUAUGGGACAUUUCCAUUUGCAGCGCCAUUUUUUUGAGGGCUGAGACUCCUCUAAACAUCAGAAGGGUGCAACAGAAGAGAGGUGCAAAAAAAAACAGUGUGAAGAAGAAGAAGAAGAAGAGAGAGAGUAAGGGCAAGUGAGCUUGGGCGCUCCGGCUGGGCCGCUGGAAACAUUCAGUCUGUAGGAUGGCAGAGAUUUGUGAGGACACAAAGAGGUGACGUCUGAAACAGACACCUGUGUGAGUCACCUGCUCAGGUGUGUUAGAGAAUAAAAAGGGUAAGGUUUUUCACACCACCACAUUUCUGUCAAAUCAUACACUUAGCGUCGACCUGCAUGCCUAAACAAGGUGCACAAAGAGUGACGUGUUGACUUGACCUUUGAAUAGAAAACUGCUUGCAAUAUGAAACACACUUGUUACACGACAGUUUGUACUGCCUGAGAAAAGUUGCACCCAGUUUCAGAGGUUGUAUAGUUGUGAGGAGUCAGUAUUUUUAUGGUUGGAAAAAAAAAGGAUCCUCCACUGAAAAAUGUACAGUUGGAUAAAAAGCAUUUUGUACACCAUGCUUGAUGUUUGAGAUAAGAUUAAAAAAGAUGAAAACAUGA